CAUAUAACGUAUUAACACCACCAAUGACUCCCCGAGACCGAUUUACGGUGGUGGGGUUUUAGAGCGCGGAGGAGCACGGCGGUUGUGUCACUAUAUGCACUCAGCACUUUGUCCGAUUUCCGUCAAUCGUAUUUUUCGUUCUCUCUCUCUACAGAUUACGGUGUGAGUGUGUGUUCUGCAUGUAAAAAUGGAGACUCCAUCGUUAAGGGUCCGUCUGAAGUUCGGAGAUCGUUCGAUUCUUAGCAAACCACAGCGAUCGGAUGGGAUGAACAAAAGCUGGCUUCUGCUCAAAUUACAACAACAUCGAACUAUCUCCGAUGUCUGCACUCAUCUUCUCCACAUUUUCAAACUCCAUCGCUCUUGCCCUAAUGGGAUCCUACUUUCUAUGGAUGGCUUUGUGUUACCACCUUCCGAGUCAACUGAAAUCUUGAAAGAUAAGGAACUUAUCUGUGUUAAAAAGAAGGGUGGGGCAACACCUGAUGCAGACAAUUUGCUUGAUGAAGUGGAAGCUGAUGACUUGGAACCUGGAGAGAAUGGUUUGCUACUUUUAGCAAAUGAUAAAGGAACUGAAGAAGUCCAAAGUGAAUCUGAGGAGGUUGAUGAAGAACAGUCGCAAGAUGAAGAAGAUGAAGAACCAGUUUCUAAGAAAAGAAAAGCCUCCAUUAAACUUCAAAACUCGAAAAAUAAGAGACCCUGUUUGAGGGUGUUGGAUGAUGUUGAAAAUGAGGCUGAGACACAGGAAUUUGACAAUGAUAAGAAUGCUGAACAAGCAAAACAAGUGUCUGCUCCUGGUGGGAAAAAGAUGCCUAGUAGAAGUGCUAGAAGGAAAAAGGCUAAGAGACAAUGGAUGCAAGAACUGGCUAAAAUCUCAAAGAAGAAGCCACAACCCUAUUCAAAGCCUGUAGUAACUCCAGCUGAAAACAAGGAUGCUAAUGGUCGGCCUAAGGGACUACUACACUGGAAACAGGCUUCUAAAAAGCCUGUGCAUAAGAAUAGAGUAGAAGAAGCAAGCAAUCAGAAUGGGGAUGUGGCUGUUGUAAAAAGGCCAGGACAUAUUCGGUUUGAAAAUCUUGAUGAAGAUCAAACUGCAAUACAGACUGAAGUAUCAAAUGAAGCUUUUAGGUGGAAUGGUAGUAGUAAUGGAAAGAAAAAAGGUCAAAGAUGGGGUAGUAAUGGAAAGUUCUCAACCUCACGAAGGAAUGACACUAAAAGAAUAGACAAAAAAUCCUUCAAAAUGUCCAUUACAGAUAUGCAAGUACCCAUAAUUGACCCCAAUGAUUUCAGCAAGCUUCCUCCUUGUUGUUCACCAAAGGAAGGUGAUGUGAUUGCAUAUCGUCUCCUUGAGUUAUCUUCUUCAUGGAUCCCUGAGUUUUCAUCCUUCCGUGUUGGAAGAAUAUCAUAUUAUGAUGCGAGGGACAUUGUUCUGAUUCCAGUGCCAGAAUAUCCCAUUGUUACUGAUAAAACGGAUGAGAACAGGCCCAAUGAUUCUCUUUAUGGAGAAGAUGGUACUUUAGAGAUAAACUAUUCGGCUCUUCUUGAUGUCUGUUAUGUGAAGCAAUAUGAUCCAGAAGCUGCUAAGGAUAAGGAUAAGGAAGCAGUCACUAAUGGUGUUGAACAAGCUCCUGUAACUGUAACUGUAACUGAUGGCAAAGAUGCUGCAGAAAACUUGGUGUCCAACAGUAAUGACAACAACACAAAUGUCUCAAAAGACUCCAAUACAGGAGGAGAAGCAAACCCAUGGGAUCAUUUCAGCAAGGCAAACUCAAACACAGAAAUGUCAUUGCCAUUGCCAGAUGUCAAUCAUUCAAGCAUGGUAGUAAGUGGUGACCCUGGCCCAAGUGAUGUCCCAAAUGCUAAUAUAGCUGAGUGCUCUGAGAACAGAGACAAGGAGAAGGGUAGUAUGGGUAAUCCAUGGUUGAAUGCAGACAAGCCAGAUGCAUCUCAAGAGAAUCAAAGUUCAUUGACUGGUUGGACAAGUGGCAAAAAAGUAGAUUGUGGAGAAGGAAGUUCCUGGGGAAGGCCAUGGUCAUCUUUUACACCCUUGAGGGGUAGUUCAGUAAAUGUGCAAAGCAGAGGAAAUGAUUGGGGAGGCAGGGGAAGUUCUCGUGGCAAUGUGAGACCAUGGGCCCCACGUGGUCGAGGAGGUCGUGGCCGUGGUCGAGGUCGGAAUGCCUAA